UUAUUUCUUCUAUAUUACUCACAUAUUAAACGAUGAAUCUAUAUAAGAGUCCGCUGAUGUUACCAAUACCAUAUAUUCUAAAAUGGCACUACAACUAAAACCUUCGGAAAUAUAUUAUUCUCAGAACAGUAUCAGCUGCUCGUUUACACACAAUAACAAGCUAAUAGGUGAAACACUGGAUGAUCUUUGUGAAAGGAGGAUUUCUAUUUCGCAUAUACCUCCUAUAUCUGUAACAUUAAUCAAUGGUCGGUGGGUUUCGGCUGAUAACAGACGACUUUGGGUCUUCCGACAACUUGAGAUAUUAGGGAAAUGUACGAGGAUACCUGUUAUACAAAAGGAAAACAUUAGAAAAUCAAAGCAGACGUCGACAUGCGGUGGAACUGACAUACGGUUGAGAGGUCAUUCUGGUAGUCACUAUAAUCAGUGGCAGAGCAAGAGCUUUGAAAUGAAUACUGAUUCAUAUCUGGUGUCUACAAGUUACUGGUACGAUGUGGACGUGGACGGUGACCCUGGCGGUCGAUGGUACAAGACAGACAAGGAGGAAUCUUCCCCGGGAUCGGAUACUAUGCAGAUCAUUGCAAAGUGUAGCUUGGCAAUAGGAACAUUGUUAAUGAUGGUUGCAACGAAACAAUUAAUUGAUAACAAUCGCUUUAACAAAAGCAAAUAGAACAUGUCCUGUUAGACAUUAUUUUUAAGGUGGAUGAAGUAUAUUAUUCAUAUUGAAAAUAACUGUGAAAUAAGUAGUAGUAGUAGUAGUAGUAGUAGUAGUAAUAGUAGUAGUAGUAGUAAUAUAGUAGUAGUUAGUAGUAGUAGUAGUAGUUGUAGGUGGUAGUAGUAGUCAGUAGUAGUAGUAGUAGUAGUAGUAGGGUGGUAGUAGUAGUUAGUAGUAGUAAUAGUAGUAGUAGGUGGUAGUAGUAGUUAGUAGUAGUCGUUCAACAAUAGGCACAAGACCUCAGCUCUUUGUCCUUGGUUGACAAUAAUAAGGAAAGGACUACCUCUACUUUGUCGUGAAUGUUUUUCAAGUUUUGAGUGAACGACAUGCAAUAAACGGCAUAAUGUGAGAGAGAAAUAUAUGAAAUAUAUAUGAAAUAGUAUGUACAUGUAAAAUUUGAUAGAUUCAGAUUGUUAAAAUAUGCAUAACAUGCCUCUUUGAUAUGGUCAGUUUCCAAUUAAAUUGGAUGUACACCAUGA